CAGAUGUGUUCAAUCACUGCAAUCGAAUCAUCAGUGAGCAAUCAUCGAACUUUCCCAGCGUGAUGCGGUUCAAAGUGAAAGCGGGUGAUUCAAUUGCACAAAUCUUACGCUGGACAUCUGCUCCUGACAAGAAUUGAAAUUUUUAAUUAAAAAGUAUAAAUAAAUAUUCAUUCACACAUUUGUUUACAAUUAUUUAAAUUAAGUCAAAACAACUUGAUUGCAUCAACCUGAACAUUUAGCAACUUGGCUUUGAAAACCUGAUUGCCGAUGGAGUCCCAAUGGCAAGAAAGCGCAGUAGAAAUGGCACUGAGAAAUCCAAUUAUUUUGACGGAAAUAUUAAAACGGUUCCCAUUGAAAAAUUGUCGACUAGUUUGUCAAUUUUGGAAUAAAAUGGUCGUCUCUCUUCCAAAUGCGAGACUUGCGUUAAAUAUGAAAAAUGGCGUUAACUCGACUCGUUUUUUCGAAUUUUUCUUCAAAUUAGAUGGCCAACUUGCGAAACGGAUUAGCACCAGAUGUUUCAUUGCUCCUGAUGACGAGGAACCCACUCACUGGAUCGAUACCUUCGCCUACAAGCUUGCCCAUAUUUGUGACAAGUUUAGCGACAACGUGCAAAUUUUGGAGAUUACCAUCACCUACUCAGCUUGUUUACAACCAAUCUUUCAAAUUUUGAAAAAUUGCUGUCCCAAUUUGAAACAGUUAGAAAUCAAUUACGAGGCCAACGAGGAUGAAUCAGAUUUCAGUACCGAAAUUCUUCCACUGCCGCUCCCACUAAAACCAAAGUUGACAUUGCUUACGGUCACUUCUGAAGCCCAGGUGACCCCCUCUUUCACCCGUAUUCUUCAGCUGGUUAUUAAUGCCUCGCCAAAUUUGAGAGAGGCCACGCUUCCAUGGGGAUUCUAUCCAGAUUUGUCAAAUUCUAAACUUCUUGACUCCUUAACAGUCGAAAUGAACAUCGUUCGACCAUUCAAAGAAGUUCUGGCGGAAUUCAAACCUUCCGAACUCUCAAAUCUUUUGAAUCAAGUUGGUGACCAACUAGUCAAUCUAAGCUUCUCUUGCGCCAACAAUUCUGGACUGCCAACAAUGUACGAGGUCGACGAUUGGAAUGACUUGAACCUAACCCGGUUCCACUUCCCGAGAAAGAUGUCGAAACUGCAAAAGUUUGAGAACAAUUUGCUCGACGUAUUUCAGCAUCAACGCCUGGAUAUCAAGCGACUCCCCGCUCUGAAAACACUUCUGAUUGGAAAUGUAUCUGAAGAAUCGAGAGGUGUGGAUGAACUUUUGGAAAAUAUAUAUCAAUCGAAAAAGGUUUUCGUAAGCGUGAGAAAUUUGGCCAUUCUCGCAAUUCAGGACCCCGAACUUCUGGAAGGAUUGAAGACGGCGUUUCCCAACUUGGAGAAAUUGGAGUUGGAUACCGGCUGCAAAAUAGAUUUCGACGGGGCAACGGGUAUGAUGGAGUUGGACGAGGUGUUCAAUGUGUGUAAGGGUUUGGAAGGAUUGAAACAUUUAAAUUUGGCGCUGCCUCAAUUUUCAAAACCAACGCUGAAUGUCGUUCAGACUUUGUUUGAUAGGGCGGAUUUGUAUAAAAGGCUGAAAACUUUGGAAAUUUUUAUAUACAUGCGGAUUAAAGUGAGAGGAGAUUUAACAGAGGAGGAGAUGGAGCUGUUUAAGAAACUGAUCGUCGCGAUGAAUGCGAUGGAUAGGGUCACCAUUCGCAAUUUUUAUUUUAGUAAAGAAUCUCUGAGGGAUUUAUUGGAUUUCAUGGUGUCAAACAAAAUGUCCGUGGACAAGUUUAGGAUGUUUCAAGGUGGAUCGGUAGGGAUUAGUUCAUAAUUCCCGAGGACUGGGUGGUAUCAUUUAUGAACCACUUAUAAUUCUUACUAAGCUUUCACACAAGUUAGUUUCAUUUUACAUGAUACAAAAUUUAGCUACCCAUUUAUUGUAUAAUUGCUAUUUACUUCUUGAAACUUGGUCAAUCAAUUUCCUGUACAAAUUCUUAUUCAUUUUACAUUGUAAUAUUUUUACCUUUUGUCUCUCCACAUAUGGCGU